ACAAAUGUUAAACAAAUAUAUAUAAUAAUUCUCUUUUUAUUAACAAUUUUAAAUUAUUAACAAUUUUUUUACAGAAUGAUACACUUCAAAACAAUAUGGAAACUUGGCACAUACUUUACAUCUCCUUUGAGGAUUUUUUUUUAUUUUUAGUAAAUGGAAUAUUCCUUGGAAAACUUGUUCAUUGCACUGCUUGUGGACAAAGUGGCAGAAAAUAUUGCAACCUUCGGAACAAAAAAAAAAAAACCCUUGACGUCGACGCCGGUUCCUCGACAAAUUCAUUCUGGUUCAGCGUGUUCGAUAAUUGAGUCUGUCGACGAUCGAAUGAAGAACCGAUUUUGACAGUUGGACUGGUGUAUGUAGAACCGAAAGCGAGGCAGCACACGAGGCUGCACGUGUGUCGUUCCACAGGGUAGCCGCAAUUAGGCACGUUGAGAACACGCGUGCGACCAUUUGCUCGCAGAUACGGCGUCGAGGGCCCUUGGCUGUACAAUGUCGCCGUGAUUUUGGGAAUUUCUCGGCUCGAUCUUGCAACGAGAGACCUAAACCUAAAGCUAAACCUAACCUAAACCACAGACGAGGUAUACGAAUUGCAUCAUCAUGUAUUUUUGCGGCCAUGGUAAUAAGGUCGACAUAACCUUAUCAUUUUCGUGUCAUAUCCUGUCUU